AUGGAGGGUCUCGGCGCAGUUGGAGAGCAUGUUGCAGGUGGAGGGCUCGGUCUAGUUGGAGCGCUCGGUGUAGGUGGAGAGCCCCGUGCGGGUGGAGGGCUCGAACCAGUUGCAGAGCCCAUCACAGAUGGAGGGCUCAGCGCAGUUGGAAAGCCCGUCGUAGUUGGAGGGCUCGGCGUAGUUGGAGAACCCGUCGUAGGUGGAGGGCUCGGCGCAAUUGGAGAGCCCGUCGUAGAUGGAGGACUUGGAACAGUUGGAUGGCUCGGUGCAGGUGGAGAGCCCAUCAUAGGUGGAGGACUCGGUGUUGUUGGAGAGCCCAUCGCAGUUGGAGGGCUCAGUGCAGAUGGUGAGCUAGGUACAGUUGGAGAGCUUGUCAUAGUAGGAGGGCUCGACGCAGUUGGUGAGCCUGUCGCAAGUGGAGGUCUUGGCACAGUUUUAGAGCUAGUCACUGUUGGAGGGCUCGGUGAUAUGAACCCGCGAGAACGGAAUCCGUUGAACCCACAAUCAAUUUGA